AUGCGUCGCGAAGAGGCCAGGCUUCUGGAGGCUCGUGUGCAAAAGGCCAAGAAGUAUCUUGAUCAAAAUCCCACUGCAAAGGUGACCACGGUUGCUCGUCAAUUCGAAGUGCCGCGUGGCCGACUCCGAAGCCGCCUGGACGGCCGAACCAGCUUGACUGACCGCCAACCAACAAAUACGAAAUUGAGCAAGCCAGAAGAAGAUGCACUAUGCCGCUACAUCGAUCGCCUUGACGCUGUGAAUUUAGCCGUACGCAGAGAGUUCAUUGUGGAUGCUGCAAACCGCAUUCUCAAGGAGCGGUCAGGCAAGGCUAGCCAGAGCAACCCGCCCACCGUGGGCAUACAUUGGAUCGACCGCUUCGUCAAGCGUCAUAAAUAUCUACUAAUGAGCCAAAAGCAGCUGGAAUCGAACCGCCAAGCCGCCGAGGAUAUCCCUACAGUCAUUGAGUGGUACAAGAAACUCCACGCUGUAAUGCAAUCCGAAGGCAUUGUGGAAGACGACAUCUGGAACAUGGACGAAACAGGGUUUCGUAUCGGGGUUGGAAAAGACCAAUUGGUCGUCACAAAGCGCAAGAAAGCCCAUUACUUCGGCACUCCUGGUAACAGGGAGUCAGCUACGGCCAUUGAGUGCAUCUCGGCCGCUCGAUGGUACGAAGUCAUGAAGCACUACCCAGACACACGCAUUGCGAUGUCACCAACUGGGUAUAGUAACGACGAGAUCUGCUUGGAGUGGAUCUAUCAUUUCGACGAGCACACGAAAAACAAGACCAAAGGCAACAAGCGGCUACUUCUACUCGAUGGAUUCGGUUCACACCAUACAUACCCGUUUAUCGAGUACUGUGGGCGCCGCGUCUUUCAGCCGCUCAAGCAUUAUCACGCAAAGGCGGUAGACCUAGUGGUUCGUGACGGCUGCACAGAUAUCACCAAAUUGGAGUUCUUGGACUUCAUUCAGGACGUCCGGAAGCAAGCCUUUCGUCAAUUGACCAUCAUUUCUGCGUUUCGGAAGACUGGAAUAGUGCCAUUCAACCAAGAGGUGGUCCUGGCCGUCAUGAAAGCACGCAAAGCUCGUACACCUACCCCUGAAUUGGAUCCGGCCCUCCUGUCUUCACCGUUCGGCACGCCAGUCACCCUCCGGCAAAUGCACAAGGCGGCAACGCAAUUGGAGGACCAGUUUACUAUUGCCGAGGAAUGCAACGAUGGUUCUAUACUUCUCGAGGAGGACUUCCUUGUGUCCACGACUCCGCAGGGCCAUGAAAAAUAUACCACUACAAUCAGGAGGGUGCUUACGGUAGCCCAGGGCCGUCAAAUGGCCGCACGGAAGGCGGAGGCAGAGUUUCAGAAGGCCCAGCGCAAAGUCGACGCCACCCGGAUUCGCCAGAUCUAUGCGAAUGACUGGUAA